AUGCCUUUUGUACGCCGAGAUCAAGUCAUGCUUGCGUCGUCGGCGGCCGAGUUGCAAAUGAUGGUUACAUUAAUGAACAAGUCAUUAACGGUAAGGGGAGUGAAAGUGAAUGCAAGUAAGACGAAAGUAAUGGUUUUUGAAAGAGAAGAAAGUAAAACGAUAUGUGAAAUAAAAAUAGAAGGGGAGAUGGCGGAGCAAGUAGAUGAAUUUAUAUAUUUGGGAUGUGUAUUCAGCAGGGAUGGGAGAUAUGAUAAGGUUAUUGAACGACGACUGAAUGCAGGAAAUAAAGUAAAUGGUGCUAUUCACUCUAUUGCGAAAAGUCAGAAUGUGUCAAAAAAAAAAAAGGCAUUCUUCCCAAAGAAUAAGGGGAAACUGCUGAAGAACUCCUCUUCUUUAACAAAGUAUUUGAUUCUGUCAAUGGAAGUUAUAGUAAAGAAGAAAAAAUUAUAUGGAAAGCCUCUUCUUGGACCAGACAAAACUCUGAACAUCAUAGGAUGUGGAAUGAAGCUAAAGCUAUGUUAA